AUGUUCCUUAACAAACAAGGCUUAUUAGAAGAUACAAAUGAGCCUGAGCUCCUUAAAGAACAAGUGCUGAAAAAUGGACACAUUUCUUCUUCCUCGAAUGACUCAAUUUUUUCAAAAACGAAUUUUGAAAAAAAUAAGACUUAUUUUCAUAUCAUGGGACAUGAGGAACCCCAUGCAUAAAGAAGGAAACAAAUACUCUAAAAACACCCAGAAAUAAAAAUUCUUUUUGGUCCAGACCUUAUGUCAGCAUGGCUAGGGAUUGGCAUCGUUCUGGCUCAAUUUUGGUGUUUAAAUUUCUUUGCAACCACAAAUUGGUUAUUGUAUAUAGUCUCAUCCUACUGCAUCGGAGCGGUCUUAAGCCAUGCUCUUCAUGCUUUAAUGCAUGAUUUUACCCAUUAUUUGUGCUUUGAGAGUGUGUAAUACAAUAAAUUAAUGGCCAUCUUCUUGAAUUUUGGAUAGGGAGUUCCAUCUGCCAUUACUUUUGGAAGAUAUCAUUCAGAUCACCACACGUUUAUGAAUUUGCCUGAUCUAGAUCCCGAUUUGCCAUCAUAAUGGGAGAUAGAUCAUAUCAAAGGACCAUUGCGUAAAUUUUUAUUUAUGCUUUUUUUGCCUUUAUUCUAUUCGCUUAGACCAAUGUUUAUCAGACCAUUGGUGCCAAAUAAAUAUGAAAUCUUAAACUUAGUAUCAAUAAUAGUAUCAAAUACACUGAUAUAUAUGUACAUAGGACCAUCAGCUUUGGGAUGGUUAAUAUUAUCAACCUAUUUUGGAUUAAGUGUACACCCUCUAGCUGCUCACCUAAUCACAGAACAUUACGAAUUUAUUAAUAGAUUAGAAACAUAUAAUUAUCUCGGCAUUGCCAACUUUUUUAUUUUAAAUUUAGGAUAUCAUACCGAACAUCAUGAUUUCCCAAACAUUCCUUGGUCUAGAUUACCUCUAGUUAAGAAAAUCGCCCCUGAAUUCUAUGAUUAAUUGCCAUACCAUACAAAUUACACAUUAGCAAUUUUAGCAUACAUAUUUGAUGGAUAUAUUGGACCAUUUUCAAGAAUUGUCAGAAAAGAGCUCAAAUCAAAUGGAAAAAUGAAAUGAUCUUUAUAUAGUAUAAUAUAUGGAUUAA